AUGGAUCCCGAUAAAAAUAAUACAAAAGGGAUAAAUAAUAAAAAACAGAAAAUAAAUAAUUUUGACGAAAAUAUUGUUAUGUUAAAUGAAAAAAAUGUUAUGAAUAAUAUGGAUGAGAAAGAUGAAAAUAGAUAUUAUAUAAAGAAAAAAAUAAAAGAACAAGAUGAAAAGAAUAAUGAAAAUAAUAAUUAUAAUAAUGUAAUGGAAUAUAAUAUGGAAUGUGAUAUGUUAUAUAAUAAGAAAGAAGUUCAAAAUAUAAAGAAUAAUAUAUCAGAGAAAUGUGGAAUUGAAGAUUAUGAUGAUUAUAGGAAUAAUAAUUAUGAUGAACAUUAUGAUUUUCCUAAUGGUUCAUAUAGUUGCUCGGAUAAUAUGUAUAAUAAUAAUUAUAAUUUGUUAAAUAAAGAGAAACAAAAAACAAAGAAUAAAGAUAAUAACAGGUUAAGUGAUACGUACAAAGUAUUAAUAAAUUUUUGUAUUAAUGAAAUAAGUAGAAAUAAGGAUCAAGAUGGGAUAAAUGAGGUGUAUCAAGCGUUAAAAAAUAAUAACCUAUUAAUUGGACAUAAUAAUAAUAAAAAUAAAAAUAAUAUAUGUAGUAUAAAUAAUACAUGUAGUAUAAAUAAUACAUGUAGUAUAAAUAAUACAUAUAGUAAUAAUAAUAUAUGUAGUAUAAAUAAUACAUAUAGUAAUAAUAAUGUUGAUAUAAAUUAUUACAAUUAUAAAAAAGAAACAUUGGAUAAAGAUAGCAAAGGUAAUGUAUUUAAUAAUAAUAAUAAUAAUUAUUAUUAUAACAAUUUAUGUGAUGGAGAUAAUAAUAAAAAUGAAGUAAAUUAUAUUUCGAAUAAAUAUAAUUCUUUAUAUAAUAAUAAAGAUAUGAUGAUGGUAGGUAUGAAAAGGAAAAAGAAAUUAAUAUAUAGUGAUGAAGAGUGUGAUAAAUAUAAAAAGAAAAAGAUGUGUAUAAAAAACGAUAUUGAAUGUGAUAUGUUACAUAUAUUUAAGAAUGUAAUAAAUAUUUUAACAUGUAAAUAUCCUGAACAUAAUAUAAAAGAAUUUUUUUUUAAUAGUCAUAAUAAACUAAAAGAAGAAUAUGAGAAUAAUAAAAAUAAGUCUAUACAAUUAUCAAGUUAUUAUUGUAAUAGAUAUAAUAAUGUGUAUAAUAAAAUAAAGAAUAAAAUAUUUUUUUCGAGAAACAAUUUAAGGAAGAAAAGUCAUAUACAUAUAAGAUAUAAAUAUGAUGUAUUUAAUUAUUGUUUAAAAAAUAUAAAAAGGAAUAUAACAAUAUUAUCACAUUAUUUACCACAUAAAAAAGAAUAUGAUUAUAUAACAAAAAUAAGGUUUGAUGAAUAUUGUGAUAAUAUAAUAACAUCGGGAAAAGAUGGUUUUAUCAAAAUAUACCAUUUAAUAACGGGAAAUAUAAUAAUGUGUAUACGAGCACAUAAUUAUCCCAUAACAGAUUUUGAUAUACAUAAAUCAAAUAGAUAUAUGAUAUCAUGUGAUGAAAAGGGUAUAGUAAAAUUUUGGUUUCUUGAUAAGUAUAUGUAUAAAUUAUUGUUUACAUAUAGAAGAACCUUUUAUAUGAAAAAUGUAAAGUUUUUUUACAAUGUAACGCAUAAAAAUGUUAAAUCCUCACAAAGUUAUGUGAAUAAUAAGUAUGGUUUGUUCCAUAAUCAUUACAAUAGUAAUUAUGAUAAUAAUUAUGAUAAUAAUUAUGAUAAUAAUUUCUAUAAUAAUUAUGAUAAUAAUUGCCAUAAUAAUUAUGAUAACAAUUACCAUAACAAUUACCAUAACAAUUGCCAUAACAAUUACCAUAACAAUUGCCAUAACAAUUACCAUAACAAUUGCCAUAACAAUUACCAUAAUUAUUAUCAUAACCGUUACCAUUAUAGUUGUGGAGGUAGGAAUUCUUGUCUUUACUAUAAGACAUAUGCGCUGUGUUCUACUAAUACUUAUUUUUUUAUUAUAAAAUUUGACGAUUUAAAUAACGAUUAUCAAAUUAUAAAAUCUAUUAAUACCAUGCCCAUGGAUAAUGUGAAAUUUUUUCCAUAUCUUCAGUUUUCGUAUUCAUUAAAUUAUAAUAUAUCGCCUUAUGUAUAUAACAAGUUGAUAAUAUCUAAGAAUCCUAUAAAAGAACUAAAAAACAGUUAUUUAAUAUUUAUUAAUACUCAGAAAGAUACAAAUAAUAAAUAUAAUGAAAAUAAUAAUGAUCAUAAUAUAAAUGGGAAUGGUCGUAAGAAGAAGCUGAAAUUUUUAUUAUUAACGACAAAGAAAAUUUAUGAUGAUCAUGAUGAACACAUGAGUAUUACUCCUCAUGAUGUUGAAAUUACAAAAUAUGUAAAUAAAGUUAGUGAUGAGAUAUAUAAUAAUAUACAUGCAGAAGAUGUUAUUGAAUUAGCUUAUAAUAAAGGAGAUCAAAAAAAAAAGAAAUUAAAUGAACAAGAUAAUUCGUAUAGAAAAAUAUUUCAAUUUUUUGAAAUAAAUAUUUUACAGAAUGUAAAAAAUAAUAUAGGUUUUGUUAUGUUUAAAACGUUUGAGGAUUUUAAGGAGGAAAUAUUUUUAUUUUUAUUUUCAAAUACAUCAGCGAAUUUUAUAACUGUUCAAACGAAUGGAUCCAUAUAUAUGUGGAAUUUUAAAAAGUACUUAAGUGAUUUAAAUAAAUAUAAAAAAAAAAAAAAAAUAAAAAAAAAUAAUAAUAAUAUAAAUAAUAUAAACAAUAUAAACAAUAAUAAUAAUAAUCCAAGUUAUUGUAAUAAAUAUCAUUAUAGUGAUGUAAAAAAUGAGAAGAAGAAAAAAAUAUCCAUUUGUUGUUUUUAUACCUCUCUUUAUGUUGAAUAUAUGAUGGAGUCUUCAGCAAUGCAUGAACAUGCAAAAACAAAAAAUAAAAACGAGAAUGUGUUGAAUGAAAUAAAUAAAGAAAAUAAGAAUGAUUUGUUUAUUAUAUCUUCAACAUCUUGUUCGUCCUAUUAUUAUUCGUCUAGUGAUUAUGAUGACGGGCGUAGUGAUAAUACAUUAGAUGAUGAAGGGAAAGGAAAUGGUAAUUAUUCAGAUGAUUCUUUACGAAGAAUGGGAAGGAAUAUGGGGAAUGACUUUAUUAGAAGAAAUAAUAAUAAUAAUAAUAAUAAUAUGAGAAUGAUGAAUGAUGAUGUUAAUAAUACAAAUAAUAAUAUUUGUAAUAAGAGGGAUCGUGUGGAUUAUGGUUUAUUAGAUAGGGAGGAAGGGAAUAAUAAAAGUGAAGGGUGUAUUAUAAAAAAUUUAGAACAUAUUUCUAAAUUGGAUAAAAAUAAAGAUAAAAAAGGUAAAAUUAGUAAUUAUGAUAAAUAUAAUAAUAAUAAUAAUAAUAUAUAUAAUAAUAAAUAUUGUGAGAAUAGUUUUUUAAAAAAAACGAACAUUUGUAAUAAAUGUUCAAAUGAGAAGAAAUGUAUUCAUACAUUAAAUAACGAAAAAACAAAUAAUAAAACAAAAUUACGAGCAAAGAAAUUACAUUAUAAAAUAAGUAAUAUAUCCUUGAAUAUAUCUGAUGAAUAUUUAAUUGUUGCCGAUGGUAUAACAAAUAAAUCUAAUUCAUCAAAAGAUAUAAAUAAUGCUGUUACCAUGAGAACUAAUAUAUCUAUAUUUAGUACAAAAACUUAUGAAGAAACCAAAUUUUUUGAUUUAAAGAAAUGUGAUAGUUAUGUUAGUUUUAUAGAACCUAAUCCAUUUUACAAAGAUAUAAUAUUAUUUGGUUGUUUUCGAAAAUAUAUAUAUUUAUUAAAUGUUGAAAAAAAAAAAAUUAUAAAAAAAUUUUCAUAUGAUAGUGAUUUAAAAAAUUUCUCUGCAGAAUGGAAUAAAAACGGAUACUUUUUUAUAGUAUCUCAUAAUUUUGGUUACUUUUCUAUAUUUACAUUAAAUAAAAAUUCUUGUUAUAAAUUUACAUUACGUGAACAGAUAACAUCUACACAAAUAUGUUUUCUAAAUGAUUUAAAUGCAAAUGAAAAUAUGGAAGAUUAUGAUAAUGUUAAUGUUAUGUCAGAUGUUUAUGUGUAUGAUUCGGUUGGUGGUAUGAACGAAUCUAAUCGUGUCCUUCCGGUCGGAGGUGUGUCGACAUCUAAUAAUAAUCUUAUGAGUAUGAGGGGGCGACGUCUCACACGGUCCACCCGAAACAAUGGAAAUAAUAACAACAACAAUAAUAAUAAUAAUAAUAAUAGGAGUAGUAUUAAUAAUAGAAGUAGUAAUAAUAAUAGAAGUAGUAAUAAUAAUAGUAGUAGUAAUAAUAAUAAUAGUAGUAAUAAUAAUAGGAGUAGUAAUAAUAAUAGUAGUAGUAAUAAUCGUAGCGGACAUAGACUUACCAGGGGAGGGAACAAAAUCGAACGAACCUCCAAUAGUGAUGACGAACUCGAGAUUAUUUCAAGAAAUAAUGUUAAUAAUUCAAACGAUCAAGAUAUAAAUAAUAAUAAUAAUAAUAACAACAGCAAUAAUAAUAAAGAGGAACAGAAUAAUUUAAGUUUUAAGUCCUCUAGUAAAAAGAAAAAGAAAAUCAUCGAAGAAAGCUCAGAUUACGCAAGCUCAGAAAAAACUAUUUAUACCUUAUAUACAGAUAGUAAUUCAAGAUGCUCCAAGCAAAAUUACAAAAAAAAUAAAAAUAAAAAGAACAACCAUAAUAAGGAUACUGUACACGGUAAUAAUCCCUUAGGAGAUAUAAACACACAAACAAAAAAACAAACAAAUAAGAGUAUUAAUAUUAAUAAAAAUGAUGAUGCUCAGGAGGAUGAUCUUUUAAAUGAUGAAGUGAAAAUUAUAGAAAAUGGAAAGAACACAUUUGGAAAGAGAACAAAACAAAGAUUCUUAAAUAAUAAUAAACAGACUGUUAUUAAUUUGGAAUGUAUGUCGAAUAAUAACGACGAAGUUAUUAAUGUGGAGGAUGUGCAUAGAGAAACGCAAAAGAGCAAAAAUAAAAUAAAAACAAAAAAGAAAAAUAACAAUAAUAAUAAUAAUAAUAAUUAUGAUGAUGAUGAUGAAGGUGUGGAUGUGUGUGAGGAUAAGGAUGAGGAUGAAAUUAUCAACAUUGAUCAUAUUAUUAAUACAAGUUCGUCGUUUAAUUCAAAAGAUAAUAUAUAUAAGAAAAAUAAAAAAAUUUCAAAGAAUUUAAAAAAAAGGAAUUCAGAACCUGACUGUAUUCAUAUUAACGAUAGUAGUUUCAUGGGGAAUAAAGAUGACGCGUUUGUAUUAGAUGACGACGAUGAAAUAAAGAGUAACAACAAUAAUAAUAAUGAUGAUAAUGAUGAUAAUUAUUGUCAGAAUGAAAGAUGUGAUGAACCAUGGGGGCACCCAAAUAAACAAUCCAAUUUUGUUAAAAAAAGUAAAAUACGAAGAAAGUGUAAAAAGGAAGUAACAGAAAUAUGUGAUGAUAAAAAGGAAGAGCAAAUUUCAAGUAAUGAUGAUUCUUUUUUUGAUAACCAGAGCUCAAUUAGUUUUCUUAGUGAUGAUUCGAAAUAUGAUAAUUAUACAGACUGGUUAAAUUAUACAUCAGAUGGUAGUUAUACAUCAUAUAUUAAUAAAAAUUGGAAAAUUGGGAAAAUUGAAAAAAUUGAAAAUAUGGAAAAAAUUGAAAAUAUUGAAAAAAUUGAAAAUAUGGAAAAUAUUGAAAAUAUGGAAAAUAUUGGAAAAAUUGAAAAUAUGGAAAAUAUUGGAAAAAUUGAAAAUAUUGAAAAAAUUGGAAAUAUUAAAAAUAUUGAAAAAAUUGAACAAAAUAAUAAUAAAAGUUGUGAUAGUAUAUCCAACACAUCUUGGAGUUCCGAUAAUGAUCAAGAUUUCUUAAUUAAUUCCAUGUUAUCAUCAAAUGAUUAUAUUAAAAAUGUGAAAGGUUAUUUAUUUAGAAAAGAUAAUAUAAAAGAAGAUUUGUGUGUGAAGGAUAAUAAUAUGAAUAAUUGUUUAAAGGAUUUCGGUUGUUAUUAUAAAGAUUCAGGUAGUCAUAACUUGAAAUAUAUAAAUUCUUCAGUGUUAUCACAGAAUAAUAAUUAUUGUAAUAAUAAAUAUAUAUAUGCAAAUGAUUAUUUGAAUACAUGUAUUAUGUACCAAAAUUUUUAUAGAAAUAAUAAUUCAGGUUGUUUAAUUUAUACCAAAAAGAAGAAAAGAAGAUGUGCGUCGGAAGAAAAUAAACCUAUACUUAACAAUUUUAAUAACAUGAAUAUUCUUGUCGAUAAGAAAUUUAAAAUAUACGAGCAAGAAUUACAACCUUUACUUCCUCGUUUUUCUAGUUUUAAUUCGUGUGAAAAUUAUUUAGAUUUUUUAAAAAAUGAGAAAAUAGAUCCGAUACAUAUUUAUAUAAGUUAUUAUAAAUAUAUAUAUGGAAAAUUAAGAAAUAGAGAUAAAAGUUAUAAGAAUUUAUUGGUAUAUGACAUAUUAUAUAAGGUAUUACAAAAUUAUAGAAAGAGUAUGUCUUUAUAUAAUACAAAAAUAGAUAAUAAGAACGAGAGGAAUGUAAAUAAUAUUUAUUGUGAUAAAUUUAUGAAAUCUAGUAGUAUAAAACAAAUUGAUUAUUUUAAUGGUCCUUCUCCUAAAGAUCAGGGUAUUAUUAUGUUAAAUAAUAUAAUUCUUAAAGAUGAGCUUAAGAAUGAUUUGGGUUCAUUAGGCGAGAAAGGAAUAGUUAUGUGUGAUGAAUCUACAAAUUGUGAUUACAAAAAAGAGAAAGAGGUUGAUUUAAAAAUGGAUCCCUUGUUAGAAAAAUUAAAUAAAUAUAUUGAAUUUUAUAAAACGGGGAAAGCAGAAAAGUAUAAACAGAAUUAUCUAAAUUUAAUGAAAAUAUAUAAAAUAUAUAAUCGUUUUGUUAACAAAACAGAUGAUGUUCUAUGUUCAAAUAAUAUUAUAUAUAAUAAUAAGAAGAAGAAGAAGAAGAAUGAUUAUGGUAAUUACAAUAUAUAUAGAAAUAAUAAAAAUGAUUAUGAUUUAUUGUAUGCUUCAAUUUUUUAUCGUUUUUUAAAAAGGUUACCUUGUAAAGAAGAAGAAAAUAUUGAUAAUUUUAUUUAUUAUAAUAGAGACAUGAUUUGUAAGAAGAAUAGAAAUAAAUAUAAUAAUAAAGAAAAGAAAAGAAAAAGAUUAAAAGAUUAUUUACAAGCAUAUUUAAUGCAUUAUGAAAGGGUACAUCAAAAAAAAGAAGAUUGGGAUUAUAUUUUAUUUUUAUAUACAAGUAAUAAUAAAAUGAUUUAUAUGAAUAAUUAUACAAAAAAGAAAAUAUUAGAAACCUUAGAAGAAAAAUAUCAAAAAAAUUUAAUAAGAGAAAAGUUUAAUAUGUUACAUAAUUAUCCCUUAAAAGGUAGAAAUUGUAUUAUAAAAAAUGUUGAUCAAUUAAUAGCAUGUCAAUAUUUGAAUCCAUAUUCAGUAUAUGUAAGAUCUCCUGUGGAUAAUUAUGAUUAUAUUAAUAUACAGAGUUUUGAUAAUUCCUUUCUUUCAAAUUAUUCAAGAUAUAAUGAUUUCUUUACGAUGUUUAGAAAUAAUGUGUAUAAUAAUAUUAACAACAAUAAUAAUAGAAAUAAUAAUUUUAAUACUUCUUUAAAUUAUGAACAUAUAGCUAGCUCAGUUCGAAAUACAGAAAUAGCUGUAAUAAGUGAGGGCUCUUCUAUGUUUACUAGUGACCAGUCGGCAAAUUAUUUUUCUGAGGACGAAGAAGAAGAUGACGAUGAUUAUUAUGACGAUGAUUAUUAUGAUGACGAUUAUGAUGAUGAUGAUGAUGAUGAUGAGGAUUAUGCAGAUGAUGAUUUUUAUAAUGAUGAAUAUACAUAUACAAACCCUGCAUAUUAUUAUAAUCGAAGAUAUACAAGAAAUAGAGCUCGACGGACAUCACAGCGUACAAGAAAUAAUAGAAGAAAUAAUAAUAACAACAAUAAUAAUAAUAGGAAGUCAAGAAAAAGAUCUACUAGAACGAAUAGGAAAAAAAAUGAAAGAACCAAAAAAAAAAACUUUGAAAAUUUUUUAAAUGUAAGGAAAAGUGAUAGACUAAGGAAUAAAGAACAGAAUAAAAAAGAAGAAAAUAAUAAUAACAACAACAAUAAUAAUAAUAAUAAUAAUAAUAAUGCACUUUUUAGAAACUCAUUAAAUUCUAGAAAUAGAUAUAAUACCAGAUCUUCUAAUAUUAACCGUGAUCAUCUCAUAUGA